AUGCAAGACCUGGAGGACGAAGCGAUAUAUGACUACUUUGUAGAAUUAGGUCUGUCUUCAAUAGUCACCCCGGCACAUCAAGUUCGAUCACCAACGUCGCGUGAUCGCACAGUAUGGUUCUCCGAGUUCAAGCAAGACCGUCCCUUCUUGAUUCCCGCUCAAAGUGAAGUAGUUGCUGCUUGUCAACGGACCGAGGAGACUCCGGUGACACCCAUUAGCAAUCUUCGACGUGGAGACCGCCAUCUUCCAGACCCAACAGGUGACUCUGCUUCCGGUACGCCCACGCCAGAACAGAUCUCUGCUCUGUCUGAGAGGACACUAAUCAUAAAGCAUCCAGAAGCUCCGGAUCCAGUGUAG